AUGCAGUACCACCGCAGUAUUUGGUACCAGCUCGAGACAGCAGGAAGCUUGGGAACAUGGACCUUCGACGACCUACCUAGUUACUCCUUGUCGGGCACAACCCAGGUUGUUCCCCUCGUGAAUCGUCCUGUAUCACCCGGCACAGCCGGCCUCGUUGCGUUUGGGGACUCCUACAGCGCGGGAAUCGGGACAGGCGUACAUGGCAAGGAGACUGAUUGUAGACUCGGAGAGCACGCACACCCUGUCUUGAUCUACGCUGAUCUAGCAGGAAGCCAAGGCCCCAAUACGACAGCCUUCCAGUUUCUUUCCUGCACCGGUUCUACAACUGGUAACAUCGUGUCGGGGGGCGAGCGCAGUCAGAUCGAUAGCUUCAACGCCUCGAUCAAUGCAGACUUUGCGCUGCUUUCUAUUGGAGGCAACGAUCUAGGCUUCUUCAAGGUGAUGAACGCCUGUAUCUUUCGCUUCUACAGCUUCUACUCCGGUACAUGCGAAACGGCACUACAUGAGGCGGCCGAGCAAAUCGAGGGCAGCGCCUUUGAACAGCGUCUGGAGAUGGUCGUCAUGCAGAUAUUGGAUAAGGUCCAGUGGGAGAAACGCCCUUGGUUCGUCAUCACCGUCACCGGAUACGCGCGCUUUUUCAACGCCGACACUGAUGAGUGCGACAACUGCACGCUGGGUGUGUGGUCACAAGGCCCCAAACUUGAUCGAGUCCGUGUCCGCAAGCGCAUGAACGACCUGGUCCUCGCAGUCAACGAUAAACUGAGGAAGUCCAUAGACAACGUCAACUCCAGGUUCACGGUGCCCAAGGUGGUUUUUGUUGAUUAUGAUGCCAGAUUCGAUGGCCAUCGCUUCUGCGAGCCCAAUGUGACGGAGCCAGCUUACAACCGGACCGAGACGUGGUUCUUCUUGGUGGGUGGGAAGGACAACGAUCCGAACGUGACGGACCCCACCCCGGCUCCGAAUGCCACCAUCGCUGGCGCCGGUUCCGACUGCGCGUCCGCAAGGACGUUGUCAUCCCCAUCUCCUUUUGUAGACCCAGAUACCUGUCUGGGCCCUGCCGAAAGUUCCGGAGAUUGGGGUUUGCUUGCCAUCUGCUACAUGGCCAGGGCACAACAAGAAGAUCCAUCGCUACGAUUUGCCCGCGACGAUGUCAUAUCGCAAAACUCCAUGUGGUAUGUUCCUACAUAUUACGGCAAGACUUUCCAUCCGAGAAGCUUGGGUCACGAGGCGAUCAAGGAUGAGAUAUACCGCGUGUGGGCUGAGCUAGGUUUUGUGUACGGAUAG